UCUCCCGCGUGCCGCAGCUCGUCCCGUCGGCCAUCUCACCAUCGUAGGCCAUCUCACCAUUCGCAGCCAUCAUCCCCACCGUCGCCCCCUCGUGGGCAGCGGUAGGUGCAGCUUCUCCACGGAAGCUGGCGCACGGCGCUGAAGCUGCGGCACUUCCGACGAAUCUGGGCCUGGGCCUGCUUCUUUCUUUACAGGCUGCCUCCAGCUGUCAUAUAAUCACCCCUCAAAAAAACAAAAUCUGUCAUAUAAUCCCUAGCCCUUUCAUCACCGAACAAAAACAAAAAGAAUAGAAACCCUAGCCAUCCGCCCGCCUCCGCCUCGCCGCCAGAGCCCCCGGUGGAACAUAAUGAAAUCAGCCGCCGGCGCCGCAGAUUGUGGGGGCAUAGCAAUAUCAUCAUCCAAUCCUCACAAGAGGACGAGGAGGGGGCACAAGGGUGUUCUGUAGCUUCACCAUCUGCCUCUUGAUACUUUAAGUGACAUUGUGUCAUUGUUAAGCUUCAAAGAGGCUGCGCGCAUGAGCGUACUGUCGAGUCAGUGGAGACAUCUCUGGAGAUCAUGUAUCAGAGACUUGGUCUUCACUAGGGAGACAAUGUGCUGCCCCAUGCCCAUGAGCCGAGAGGAACAAGAUCGAGAAGCUUUCAUCAGGAAUGUUGAGUGCGUAUUGUGCCAACUCGAUCCCACCAUUGCUAGGGACAAAUUCGUGCUCGAGUUCAAGCUCAUCAAUACAAAUGUGCAGACCCAUGUUGACAGAUGGGUCGCCUUUUGUGCAACAUCAAGAGUGAAGCACAUUGUCUUCGAUUUCAAACCAGGGUCAUGGGGCAAACACGACAAUUCGUUCAACUUCCCAAUACACCUUUUCAUCAAUGGCGCUCCUGCUGUCAGAUCUUUGUGCCUCAUGUCUGCCUACCUAAACCCAGUACCUGGUUUUUGUGGCUUCACAAACCUUAGAAAGCUCAUGCUCGACUCGGUGUCUGGAGAUAUCCAGUGCAUGUUGUUGCCAGCGUGCUCCAUGCUUGAGUGGCUUAGCAUCGUGCGUUGCACCCUCCACAGCUUGACUACUUCCCAACCGUUGCGCCAGUUGCGAUACCUGUGUGUGCACUACUGCUUCAAUGUGCAGAAGCUUGAGGUGCAAGCUCCGAACCUUAAUACCUUCAUAUUUGGCAGCUUGGAGACCCACCCAGUGUCAUUUAUCAUUGAUGGAUGUCUAGAGAUACAGGAGGUGACUAUCAAGUUGCCAACAUGGAGGAGUGACCUUUUUGACUACGCCUUCGCGGAUCAUGGUAUGGCGAAUGUGCCCAAGCUCUCUGUGGAACUUGCAAUUGAUUCCAAGGUGCCUGGAUGUGCAAAAUGCCCUAGUAAGUUUGUCAACCUGAAGCAUCUUAUAUUGACCGUCGAUGUACUUGCAAAUGAUAAGUAUACAAGUGGCAUUCUUCGUUUGGCUUGUCUUUUGGAAUUAAGCCCAGUUUUGAAUCGUCUUGAACUGCAUGCAGAUCGUAUGCGUACUCAGAACAGGAGAAGUGUUGAAUCGGAUAGAGGAGUUGCCCCCGGCCCGUGAGCCACAUUAUCAUCUGAAGACAUUACAGAUGACCGGAGUCUACGGCUACAACAACCUGUUUAUUCUGGCACUGCAUUAUGCUCGAACUGCCAUGGCGCUAGAGCACAUGGUCAUCGAUCCCGAGGCAAAGAAGAGCUAUGUUCUGACUCGUGAUGCGGUAGAAGAGGAUGCGGUCCAUUGGGGCCGACGGAUGGCCAAUGAACAUCUUCAGGGACGAGGGUUGGAUGGCAUCCUCACCAUCUUGUAAAUGGGAGGUCCCGCCAGGGAGAGAUUGUAGUAUUGUUUUUUAUGCUUGUAAAUGGGAGGUCCCACCGGGGAGAGAUUGUAGUACUGUAUUGUUUUUUAUGGAUGUUAUUUACAGUAUCUUUAUUCCUAAAGUGGGAUUUGAUAGUUUCCAUUC